CCACCAGCGUUUCCAUCGUUCCAGGUUAUAAAGUCUCCACCACCGUCCGGGACGCAGAUUCUCCUCAGACCCUAAGAAUGAGGGUCACGGCGCCCCGAACCCUCCUCCUGCUGCUCUCGGGCACCCUGGCCCUGACCGAGACCUGGGCGGGCUCCCACUCCAUGAGGUAUUUCUACACCGUCACGUCCCGGCCCGGCCGCGGGGAGCCCCGCUUCAUCGCCGUCGGCUACGUGGACGACACGCAGUUUGUGGGGUUCGACAGCGACGCCGCGAGUCCGAGGAUGGAGCCGCGGGCGCCGUGGAUGGAGCAGGAGGGGCCGGAGUAUUGGGAGCGGGAGACGCAGAGCGUCAAGGGCACCGCACAAAGUUUCCGAAAGAGCCUGAACACCAUCCGUGGCAACUACAACCAGAGCGAGGCCGGGUCUCACACCUUCCAGUGGAUGUCUGGCUGCGACGUGGGGCCGGAUGGGCGCCUACUCCGCGGGUACGGGCAAUCCGCCUACGACGGCGCCGAUUACCUCGCCCUGAACGAGGACCUGCGCACCUGGACCGCGGCGGACGCGGUGGCUCAGAUUUGCAAGCGCGAAUGUGAAGCAGGCGGUGUGGCGGAGCGCGUCAGGGGCUACGUGAAGGGCACGUGCGUGGAGCGGAUCCUCAGAUACCUGGAGAUCGGGAAGGAGACGCUGCAGCGCGCGGAUCCCCCAAAGACACAGGUGACCUACCACCCCAUCUCUGACCAUGAGGUCACCCUGAGGUGCUGGGCCCUGGGCUUCUACCCUGCGGAGAUCACCCUGUCCUGGCAGCGUGAUGGAGAGGACCUGACCCAGGACACGGAGUUUGUGGAGACCAGGCCUGCAGGGGACGGGACCUUCCAGAAGUGGGCGGCUGUGGUGGUGCCUUCUGGAGAGGAGCAGACAUACACAUGCCGUGUGCAGCACGAGGGGCUACCUGAGCCCGUCACCCUGAGAUGGGAGCCACUGCCUCAGCCCACCAUUCCCAUCAUUUGCAUCAUUGCUGGCCUGGUUCUCCUUGGAGCUGUGGUGGCUGGAGUUGUGAUGUGGAUGAAGAAGUGCUCAGGUGGAAAAGGAACAAACUAUGUUGUGGCUGCAAGCAGUGACAGUGCCCAGGGCUCUGAUGUGUCUCUCAAGGCAGGUGAGCCCCUGGAGGCCUGA